AUAGUUCAGAUAUGGAAAGGAUUAGACGGCUGAAGACUUUUCUACUAUCCAUCGAGCCAUGGAACGCUGCCGAGACAACUGCGCGGCUUGCAGUCGCCAGCGGUGUCAACCUUUACCUCUCUCAAUGUAUCUUCGAUCCCCGCAUUAUACAAGUGUUAGAUGAAGCAUUCAAAGCUUCUUCAUUAUCAAAUUCGGCAGCAUUUCGAACCGAUAUCGUAAGAAUGACAAAGAUGCAUAAGCUGUGGCCCCCUCACAUGGACUUCAGAAUAGCGGCUGUGUUCACAACGGCCUUAUAUAUCCUGCUAAAUUAUUUUCUACAACCUAUACAUAUUCUGGAAGCGCUGAAUCGCUUUCGGAAGUCAUCUGACAAUACGGCUGACGACAGCAAUAGCAGCAGUAAUUUACAAAAUGCCUCUUCUUCCAACAUUUCUUUGCGAUUCUUAUCUUCUGCUGUCACUGCCACUUUGUUGUUCAUCCUUCUUUUACCGAUGCAACGAAUUGCUGAAAUGCAUAUAUUUGUGAUAGUUCUAAACUUUCUGCAUAUUUUGUUGAUCUCCGUUUUGACUACUUUGAUCAUGUUUAUCUGGAGUGAAAGAGGCAAGAAUAAGAUCAAGAGCGAAUAA